AUGCAAUUAGCUCUUUUAGACUCUAAAGCUGUUUCCGACUCUGCUCAUCGAGGGCGUAUUCUAAACGCGCUUCGUGCUGAUGGAUUACCAGGAAAGUUCGUUCGCCUACCUGAUGAUAUGAAUCAACGAACAAUUGCUACAGUGCGAAUACUAGUCGGUAGCACAACAUCGUUUGGAGUGGUAACUGGAGUAAGACAACAGGCAGCGGCAGGACUUCCUGUUCACCUUCGAUAA